AUGUCGUUGGUGCCCUGGAAAGCUGCGCACGCUUCCUCUUACGACAUCUUAGGAGGUGGGAGAUUUUCCCGGGGCGGCGGCCCACGGCAGGUGAGAGAGGAGGCCCAGCCUCUGUCUGCAGUCAAGAGUGAAUGUGAUGCCCAGAGUCUGCCUGUUGCUGGGUCAUGUAGCGCUUCCCAGGGGCCUCAAAGAGCACCAAGUCCCAUCAGUCCUUCUGCAGGUGCUCCUUGCCCUGGAUGUGACAAAGCUUCCAACAGCCAUGAGGAGGAUGUGGAAGACUUCUCUGAGGCCUCACUCUGCACUGAGUCCUCAGAGGUGGAUAUUUUCAACAACAAGAUUUUGAAUUUGGAGCUGUAUAUUCUGUACAGGUAUAAAAUGAAAGCACCAAUUUUGAAGGGAGACAUGCUGCAUAUUGUUGGGGACGAUUACCUCACCCAAUUUGCUGAGAUGCUCAAGAGUGCCUCUGAACACUUUGAAGCUAUCUUCGCAUUAGAGUUGCGUGAAGCCGACUCUCCAAGUGACUCAUAUGCCCUUGUCAGCAAGCUAAAACUCCCCAAUAACGGGAGGGUGCGUCCUGGCAAGGGGUUACCCAAGACCGGUCUCCUGAUGAAUAUCCUGGCCAUGAUCUUCAUACAUGGCAACUGUAUCUCUGAGGAAGAGAUCUGGAGACAACUGAAUGUGACGCAAGUGUAUGCUGGGAGGAGGCACUCUGUCUUUGGGGAGCCCAGGAAGCUCAUCACCAAAGAUUUUGUGAGGCUCAAGUACCUGGAGUACCGCCAGGUGCAUGACAGUGAUCCUCCACGCUAUGAGUUCCUGUGGGGCCCACAAGCACAUCUUGAAACCAGCAAGAUGAAAGUGCUGGAGUUUUGGGCAAAGGCCAAUGGUACCCUUCCCAGUGCCUAUCCACACAGUUAUGAAGAAGCUUUGCGAGAUGAGGCAGACAGAGCCCAGGGGCCGAGCCAGAGAUGUAGCAGCCGGGGCUGCCGCUAUUGCCAAAGUCAGCGCACCUUCCAGGGCCACCCCUAG